UGGAUGUGCGAACGAUCGGACAAUUGGACUCGCUUGCAGAAGCGCUUCGCCGUGGCCGACAUCGAGGAAACGUAUCGGAUUGCGCUGGAAUCGAUGGCACGGCUCAAUCUAGCCGGAGCGAAGCUAAUGCGGAAGUACAAUGCGCACGCGGCUACCGAUGUGACCGGAUUCGGCCUUCACGGACACGCGGAAAAUUUGGCAAAGUUCCAGAAGGCCGCAGUCGAUUUUCACAUCCACAAACUGCCCAUCAUCAAGAAUGUGCGCGAAAUAGCGGAACUGCUCGGUCGGAGUGCGAAGCUGUUGGCGGGCACAGCGGUGGAAACGAGCGGCGGAUUGCUCGUCUGCCUGCCCAGCUCGGAAGCGGCCGCAUUCUGCGACGAGUAUCGGAGCACCACCGCGCACCCGGCGUGGAUUAUCGGCAGCGUACGGAAGGGAGAGCGAGGCGCACAAAUCGACGCAAACGUAGAGUACAUUGUUGUGGACGAAUCGUGAAACCGAUGCCCGCGUGCGCCCAUCGGAGACCGGGAAGGGCAGACAAAGCGUGUGAUGCGAACUUCGGGAAGGCUGUAGAAUGCUGGGAAGUUUGCUAAAAUUUUCUUUCGCUGCCCUUUUCUAUUCGAUGGGUGCCGGGUUUGGUGCACAGCCUUGGGUUCGAUUAAAUGAGUUUUACACACA